GAACCGGCUCGCGGGGCUUCCUGACUGGAAUGGACCUCAGAGCGGUGAUGUUAUUUAUAGAAAGGCACUGCUAUAGACUUAUGAAGAGAACCUGAUCUUCUCUCUCCCAUGCAUGCAGCUUGGCCUCCAGCACCAGCCUCGUCCAACAAGGUCCUUUGCCACACCUGUCAUGCCUCUCAGGGGUGUCGCCAGCGCUGCAGCCCUCCAGGAAACCAGAGAAGCUCCUCCACUGUCUUUACCACCAUGCCCAAGAAGAAAGGUAAAGGAGGUAAAAACAGGCACAGAAGUAAGAAUGAGAAUGAAUCUGAAAAAAGAGAAUUGUUGUUCAAAGAGGACAGACAAGAAUAUGCUCAGGCAAACGAGAUGCUGGGAAAUGGACAAUUAGAAGCGAUGUGUUUUGAUGGUGAGAAGAGAUUAUGUACAUCAGAGAGGCAAUUGAGAAAAAAAAAAGCUUGGAUAAAUACCUCAGACAUUGGAUUGGUUGGUCUCCGAGAUUACCAGAAUAACAAAGUUGAUGUGAUUCUAAAAUACAAUGCGGAUGAAGUGAGAAGUCUAAAAGCAUAUGGCGAGCUUCUCAAACAUGCUAAGAUCAAUGAAGCUGAUACAUUUGGUCCUGGAGAUAAUGAUGAAAUUCAGUUUGAUGACGUUGGAGAUGAUGAAAAAGACAUUGAUGAUAUCUAAAUUAAGCCUAACGUUUUACAUUCUAGUUUUUUGGAAGUGUCCUACAAUUUGGAUUUUGGCCA